GUUUCUUUUUCUCUAGAAUGAGGAUGAGCAGUGGGUUGACGUUCAAGUCAACAAAAGGCAGUUGGAUCAGAAACCUCAGGCGGCAGUGCUCAUGCAGAUCUGUUGAGUUCUUUGUGCCAUCAAGUCCUCCUUUGGACCCUGAGAAGGUCAAAGAAUUACAGCGCUUCAUCACUCUUUCCAAGAAACUCCUCGUGAUGACGGGGGCAGGGAUCUCAACUGAGUCAGGGAUCCCAGACUACAGGUCAGAAAAGGUGGGACUUUAUGCCCGCACUGACCGGAAGCCCAUCCAGCAUGGAGAUUUUGUACGGAGUGCUCCAAUCCGCCAGCGGUACUGGGCAAGAAACUUUGUGGGCUGGCCUCAGUUCUCAUCCCACCAGCCGAACCCUGCACACUGGGCUCUGAGCAACUGGGAGAAACUCGGAAAACUGCAUUGGCUAGUGACACAAAAUGUGGAUGCCUUGCACACCAAGGCUGGGAGUCAGCGCCUGACAGAGCUCCAUGGAUCCAUGCACAGGGUCCUCUGCUUGAACUGUGGUGAGAAGACUCCCCGAGGGGUGCUGCAAGAGCGCAUCAAACUCCUGAACCCCACUUGGAACGCCGAGGCCCAGGGCCUGGCCCCCGACGGGGACGUGUUUCUCUCGGAGGAGCAGGUGCAGAGCUUCCAGGUCCCCUCCUGUGUUCGAUGUGGAGGUCUUCUGAAACCUGAUGUUGUGUUCUUCGGGGACACAGUGAACCCUGACAAGGUUAAUUUUGUGCACAGGCGUGUGAAAGAAGCCGACUCCCUGUUGGUGGUGGGAUCAUCCUUACAGGUGUACUCUGGUUACAGGUUUAUCCUCACUGCCCGAGAGAAGAAGCUACCAAUCGCCAUACUGAACAUCGGGCCCACACGGUCAGAUGACCUGGCAUGUCUGAAGCUGAAUUCUCGUUGUGGAGAGUUGCUGCCUUUAAUAGACCCACACUGACUCAGCCUGACGUUCCAGAUCCAGAAAUAGGGCUUUCCUUUGGAUCCUGCUGCUGAAGGUACGUGCCUUCUCGGUUCCCAUUUGACAGAGUACUGGGGUGUGCUUACAAGAUACAGAUAUU